AUGUCCAGCCCAAAGUCAAGCGAGGAUGGCAUCUUCAACUCUCCCGUGACCCACGACUUCUGCAAUAUCAAACCCCAUCCGAUCACCGGCCGCCUCAUAGAUUCCUACCCAGUCACUCGUACAAAGCCCAUGCGCGUCCUAUGCCUCGAGCAAUCGAUAACAGGCACCAUGCCCCUCUACGUGGCCCUCAAGCAACUAGGCUACACGCCAUACCACAUGUCCCGCUCCCUUAUCAGCCCCAAACCGAACCUUGAUCUCUGGCGUGAAGCUCUCGAUGCCAAGUUCUAUGGGAAAGGAAAGCCCUGGGGCCGUGAAGAAUUUGACAAGAUACUCGGGUCGUAUGAUGCUGUGGCUGACCUGCCGGCCAUCUGCUUCGUCGAAGAGCUCGUGGCCGCGUACCCCGAUGCCAAGGUUAUUGUCACUCAACGCGAUGUUGACAGCUGGCUUCGAAGUAUGGACUCAACCGGAGGCCGAGUCCUCCGGUGGCCCCUAUGGAAUACUCUCGCCAGAUGGGAUUCUGCGCUGGCUGGCCCCUUCUGGGAGUUUUCAAAGAAGGUCAUGCCCGCCAACUUCCAUACAAUGACAGACUUCUCUGACAAGUCGCCAGCUCGUCAAGCCUUCCACGAUCACUACAAUCUUGUCAAAAGAAUCGUUGCAGCCGAAAGGAUGCUCGAGUUCAAAGUUCAAGACGGAUGGGGUCCGCUGUGCAAGUUCCUGGAUAAGGAGGCUCCUGAGGAGGAGUUCCCCAAGCUGAAUGAUUCGAAACAGUUCGUUUUGGCCCAUAGCGUGAUGUGGUGGAUUGCUUUUGCCAAGAUGGUUGGAAAGGCUUCUUUCAUGACUGCUGUUUCGGGAGUCAUUGCCUCGAUAUUUGCGAUGUGGAGGUUGAAAUAUGCUGUUAAGAUCGCUGGUAUGCUUAGGCCGAUCGCCGACUUGUCUUGA